AUGGCAAAUACUCGUCUUGAUUCCACCAUGGAACAGUUAACACGCUUAGGAAAUGAACGAGGCUUGACUGAUCCAAUGAAGGAUCAAAUACAAAAGUUUCAAGUGGAGCUAAAUUUCCUGAAGAUGUUUCUCUGGUGCUUGCCCAAGUCCGAAGAAGCUGGUAAGAAUUGUCAGUUGCAGUUCGCUAUUAAUUCCAUUAGUUCUGCAGUAGAAGUAGCAAAUAAGGGCCUUUAUUCAGCUGGUCUCUGUGCAAUCCGGAAGAAAAAGGGUAGAAAUUGGCGUCUUCUGACUUCUAAUUUGCUAGAAAAUGUUGAGCAGUUUAAGUCUGAUAUUAGAAAGAAUUGCAAUUUUAUGCUUCAUUUCUCAGUAGAAUUCAUCAAGGCUUCUCAGACUGGAGAGGUCUUCAAUUUCAUGGACUGUAUCAUCACAAAUCUUAAGGAUCUUCGUCACUCGGAAGAUGAACAGAUUGCUCCACUGAGUAAGCAUAUUAGUGCCCUUGAAGAGAAACUAAGGUUCUUUAGAAAGUUUUUUGAUUUCACCGCACAACGUUGCUAUGAGCAUCAGAAAUUUGAAUAUUUGUUGGUUCAUAUCCGUUCUUGGGCUAACAAAGUAGCAUGUCUAUCAUUUUUGUGCUGGAUCAAUAAAAAUGAUGAAAACAUGCAGUGCAGAAUGAAUACCAUGAUUUCUGAUCUGCAUGAGGAGAGUUGGCCUUGUGCUUCAGGGGUUACAGGGAUGUGUCUUGGAGUCCUCAAAGCUUUAAAGUUGUCAGCGUAUGACACUUCUCUGAUGGGUGAAAUUGUUGCAGACUUUGUCAACAUUCUGCUGGAGAAUACUCCUGCUGUUUUCAGGGACCGCAUUGAGAUCAUUCGAGAAGGGCUUAUCAUCAUAAUAGCAUUUCUGAUGGAUUCACCAGAGGACUGUGAAGAUGAAAUCCUCACACAAGCUCAUGCCGUUGUCAUUGAGGCAGCAUCUCUCCUUUCCUCAGUCUGUUUGGAGGAAAUGAAUGACAAUGUCAUCAAAAAGAAGAAUUUUCUUUUGUCUGAAAUCCUAGGAAAGAUUAAGACACUCCGGGAAGUGGUCAGAAAGUUCUACAUCUACAUUCCAGAUGCAUCAGAAUUUUAUUCUCUCAGGACUCAUGGAACCGGAUAUAUUGCUUUCAUCUUGGAAAAUUUAGCGAAAAUGCAAAAAAAGAAUGCCAAUUUUAUCCCUUUUGUAAAGCAAAAGGUUGUGAUUGUUCAGAAGGAGCUGCAGUCACUGAGGACUUGCCUCACGGAUAAAAUGGAUGGACGAAAUGAGCAAGAGCAGCUGAAAGAUCUUUGGAGAAGAAUUAUCAAUGUGGCAUACCGCGCAGAGCAUGUCACUGACUUGUGUUCAAUCAGAAAUAGUCGUUUCUGGUAUACCGUAAUAUGUCUUUCUACAGUCAUUGAAGAAAUUAAGACCACCAGGAAUGAGGUUGAGAAUCUUGGAAGUAAGCAUAUGAAAAACCCUGGGAUCCUCUGCGCAAAUUUGAACUCCAUGCAUCUCUUCCCAGCACAAGCUAGUAACUCAAGAAUAGAUGAGCCUGUUGUAGGAUUUGACGAUGAGGCAGAAACCAUAAUCGAUCGACUUACAAGAGGAUCAGAACAACUUCAAAUUGUUUCGAUUAUUGGUAUGCCUGGCCAAGGUAAGACAACUUUAGCCAAGAAAGUCUACAACCAUCCAUCAAUCCGUUAUCACUUUAUUCAAUGUGUCUGGUGUUGUGUGUCUCAAGAAUAUAGGUAUAGAAGUGCAUUGCUUGAAAUGUUAAGUAAUGUCACUGAGCUUUCUAGUCAUGAUACUUUUGAAACGAGUGAUGAGGAACUUGCAAAUCGGCUUAGAAAAUGUUUGAUUGGACGAAGCUAUCUUAUAGUUAUGGAUGAUAUCUGGGAUAUUCGAGCUUGGAAUGAAUUAAAGGGAUCAUUUCCUGACAACAACAAUGGAAGCAGAAUUCUGUUCACGAGCCGAAUUCACAAGUUAUCUUGGCAAGAUGAAUGCAAGUGCUACUUACAUACUCUUCGGCCAUUUCAUGAGAAGGAAGGUUGGGAGUUAUUGAAACAGAAAACAUUCCAUAAAGAUGAAUGUCCACAAGAUUUAGUUGAAGUUGGCAUGGAAAUUGCAAGAAAGUGCAAGGGACUACCUUUGUCAAUUGUUUUGGUUGCUGGAAUCCUUGCUAAGUCAAAGAAUAGUCUAUAUUGGUGGAAAAAAAUUGCUCGAAGUCUGAGUUCGAGCCAUCCAAUUGAUGGGUCCAUGGACAUAUUGGAGUUAAGCUACAGACACAUACCAGAUCAUCUUAAACCAUGCUUUCUCUAUUUUGGAGCAUUUGCUGAGGGUCAAAAUAUCAGAGCCCGGAAGAUGACCCUAUUAUGGAUUUCAGAAGGAUUUAUAAGAACAACAGAUCAAAGGAGGUUGGAAGAUGUGGCAAUGGAGUACUUGAUGGAUCUUGUUAAUCAUAGCCUUGUAAUUGUCAGUGAAAGAAGUUCCGAUGGUGGGGUCAAUAGAUGUCAGGUUCAUAAUCUCUUGCGUGAAUUUUGCAUGACAAAAGCUAAAGAAGAGAACUUUUUACAGCUAAUUCAUCAUUAUGAUCUAGGUAAUUAUCCCUCCAAUGGGUGUGAUGUUGACAUGCAUCGGCUAUCAUUUCACAGUUCAUUGUUUCAUGUUACUGAUUCGCAUCCUGUUUGCUCGCCCGUCCAUUCUAUAGUGUUUGCUCAUGGUAUGCUGUUCAUUGGCACUAGCUUUUCCAGAACCUUCAGACUUCUCAAAGUAUUGGAUAUGGAGAAGUUACACUUGGAUGAUUCUGAUCUUGACGCCCUGAUGUCAAUAGUACAUUUACGGUACUUAGCGAUUUCAGGUCUAAUUACAAAGAUUCCAUCAUCCAUAGCCAACCUCUGGAACUUGGAAACUUUAAUCGUGAGAGCGCCACUUCUUGUUGUCAAGAUUGAUCUACCGGAUACCAUUUGGCAGAUGAAAAGUUUAAGGCAUGUAGAAAUCCGUCCUUGUGCUAAUAUCUCUUUGGGUGAUGACAAAUCUGAGGAGUUUUAUCAAUUAGACAAUGUGCAUACUUUUUCAUCGGUAGUUCUUUGUGAUGGAAGAGAUGCACAGAUCCUGCUAAGACGGUUACCAAGACUUCGCAAGCUGAUUUGUUCACUUCCAGAGUCAGGUAAGCAUCGCGGUGGAAGCUGCAAAGUUGUAGACUUGAGCAUCCGGAGUGAACUGGAGGCACUGACCAUGUGCUAUCAUUGGGUUUCUACUCCUAAACUACCAGCAAUUGAGUUUCCAAAAGCGCUUAAAAAGUUAACAUUGUUCAACUGUUUACUACCAAGGACUGGAAUAUCAGCAAUUGGCCAGCUACCUAAUCUUGUGGUUCUCAAAUUCCGACUUAUAGACUUUGCAAAGCACACAUUUUAUAUGAAAGAGGGGGAGUUCUCAAACCUCAAAUUCCUCAGAAUAUAUAAUUCAGAAUUUGAAAGAUGGGUUGUGCCCGCUGAGCCCUUCCCCAGCCUUGAGAACCUUGUCUUGAUAGAUUGUACCAAGCUUCAGGAGAUCCCCUCUUCUUUUGCUGAGAUCUCCACCCUGAGAAUGAUCAAGGUGCGAGGCUGCAGUCCCAAUGUCGAGAAGUCUGCCCAGACAAUUUUUGAAGAGCAAAAGGAUAUGGGAAAUGGCGAUCUGCAACUCAUCUGCUGGUAAAAGAAUUCCAAUGGAGAACUGGCUGCUGCUUUUGUUUAUCAGUUGGUAGUUAUGAAAUGCUCCUUUCUCAAUUUGGUUUGGCAUACCAUGACUUGCUGCAGAUUUGAGGAUAUUUGAAGAGGUAAAUAGAGUAUGAUGGGAUUUGAUCUGUACAUCUUUUGAAGUACUACUAUCUU